AUGUCAGAGUCGCUCUUCGCUCCUUCCAAUCCAUCCGCAUGCCACGCGUGCAAGCGUGGCUCUCGGAAGGUUGUUGCUGCGUCUGCGUCUGCGUCUGCUCCUGCUGCUGCUGCUGCUGCUGCUGCUGCUGCUGCGAGCAGCUCGCAAGGACCAGCAGUGUCGGAGGCAGUCAUUGUGGGUGGAGGGUUGGCCGGCCUCGCAACUGCUAUUGGCCUCCGGAACAUUGGGAUUGACGCGCAGGUAUACGAGGCACGGGACGGGGUGGUAGGCGAGGGAACCCUCAUCACGCUCUAUCCCAACGGGCUCAGAGCACUCAGCAGAAUCGACCCUGCCAUUGUGCCCCAGCUCAUAGCCCGAGGAGUACCGGACCCCACCAUUCUCGGCCGCUCUCCAACCGGCAGUAUCCUUUUCCAGUGGGACCUUGGGUCCAACAUGACUGCCCGGUUUGGCUUCCCCCUGCUGAACAUCCGCUGGCAAGAGGUCUUAGACGUGUUGCUUGGGAUGCUGCCGAACGACGCCGUCCAUGCCGGGCACAGGCUCGUGAGGUUCACGCAGGAAGAGGAGGAAAAGGAGGGGGGAGGAGGUGCUGAGGGGAGCGGCUCGGUGAAAUGCGUGUUCAAGGAGGUUUCGGGCUGUGAAGAGCGGUUGCUGGAGGUGGAGACCCCUCUGCUGCUGGGGGCAGACGGCAUUCACUCGGAGGCACGGAAGCAGCUGCUGGGCGGGACAGCAGGCAAGGGAGUGAGUCCGCGGGACAACGGCAGAACCCACUGGAGGGCCAUCAUCGACAGCAGCCUCUGCCCUCACCCCCUGGUGCAGCCACGUCAGGUGAACACCAUUCUCGGUGCCGACCGCACUGCAACUGCCGCCGAUGCUGGAGCUGGCAAGCUCUACUGGUCGCUCGCGCUCGUUGAUUCCGCCGAUCCGACGGUCAGCAGCGAGCCGUCCAACGGAGGGGAGGAGGCGAGGGAGAAGAUUCUGCGGGCUUUUGAGGGGUGGGAUGCGGUGGAGCAGCUGGUGAAUGCCACUUCCCCUGAGCUCAUUCGCGAGAGUCGCGUGCUUGACCUUCCGCCCCUGCCCUUCUGGGUCCAUGGGAGGGUAGCGCUCAUGGGAGAUGCGGCGCAUGCAGUGACACCAGCGCUGGGGCAGGGCGGCAAUCUGGCGUUUGAGGAUGCUGCUCAGCUGGUGGAGUGCCUCCGGGCGCACUCGCAUGUCAGUGAUGCUCUCCGUUCCUUCCAAUCCCUCCGCAUGUCACGAGUGCAAGCGGUGUCAGCACGGAACACUGCUCAAACAAAGAAGGUGUUUGACAAGGAGAGAGAGGGGAAAGAGGGGAAAGAGAAGAAUGCAGCAGGUAGUGAUGAAAGUGAGGCGAAAGCAGCGCCAAAGAUCGAAGAAGUUCAAGCGGCAUCGGCUGCAGUGGCAGCAAGAGAGGGGCGUGAUCCUGACGAGGAGCUGUAUGGUUAUGACCUUGUGGUUCUGGAGUAG